GUGCUAAAACGCCUUGCAUACUUUUACAUAAAUGACGCAAUGACAACACGUUACCGUUAGCAUAACAUUACUACAAUGUAAACAUUUCACCUUGCAUGAUCGUGUUUCAAAAAUUCCCUCAAAUUUUGUACUUUCAUUGCGUUAUCAAACAGACCGAAAAGCUGAGUUGUAUACGUUAACGUCAUUCAAUCACACAUGCUUUCUAGCUAUGUGCUAAGAACCAGAUUUAAAUGGGUUGUGAAGUGAGACUUUUUGUAUGUGUGGCAGACUUUUUAACUAUUGGGGCGAGGAAUGGACGCCACACAAGUCAUCAACGACUCCAUCGUAGAGUCUGAUGAGGAAACAAAUGACGAAAAGACGAAAGAAGGAAGGCAACCUUUAGCGAAACUGUGCAUCUUGAAGAAUGACCACGUUCCUGAAAGAGAGUUUCCUCUUUUUGUGGGCGAUAACAUACUUGGUCGUGACGUUUCCACCUGCACGCUUCCCCUGCUGGCACCCUCCAUUUCCAAACAGCAUGCCACUAUCUGCAUUUCUGUGCACCGCCGGCGAGGCUCCCGCAGAGGAGUCGAUAUGGAGGCUUUGGUUUGGGACUUGGGUAGCAUGAACGGCACCCGCAAAGGCCGCCUCAAGUUGACCCCUAAUGUCCGUUAUGCACUGAGUGAGGGGGACCAUCUUGUGAUGGCGGACAUCCCGUGUCAGUACGUCAACAUCAGCGACGCGCGCGAAGACGUCGGGGACAGAACAUCUGGGGUUCGAGUCAGUAUUCCAGGUGAUUCUGUAGAAAAAACGGAUUGUGUUAAGGCAAGCACCAGCAGGAAGUCACAGGCUUCAACUACAGUUUCAUCUGUGGGUGCAGCAGAGAAGCAACUUGUACAAAACAGCUGUGUAUCCUUUGAGAGCACUCCAGUCCAGAUGCUGGGGACUUUGGUCCCAGAAUCUGAUUCUGACUCUGAAUGUGAGAGAUCAGGGCUCAGAGAGGUCAAGUGCAAACUUAUAGGGUCACAUUCUGACUCCCAUGUAUCCAGUCCCAUCUGUUCAACAUUCUUGAGUCCAGCAAGCAAAAUAGUCCCUGAAAGUCCCUACUGUGAGGAUGAAAGUCCUGUCUUACCAUCUACGUCUACUAAAGAGACGCCUCAUGGACAUGUCAGCUUCAGCAAAGAGAAGCCGGACAUGGAUGUUGGGGGACAGAAGAAAAAAAACACGCUUUCUAUUGCGGAUGACAGUGAUGAGGAUGGUGCAGCGGAAAUUGGCCAGACAAUGGAAAAGGCCACUCUCAAGGAAAGUGAGUGCAUUUUGCAAGAACAGCUGAAAAGCCAGGUUUGCUUUACAGAGGAGAAGCUGUUGCAAAUGUCCACAAGCACCGUCUCCACACAUGCCGUCCCCAAAUUUAACAUGGACAGCGACACGGACGUGGACAGUGACGAGGCGGAACCAGUGUUAGACCAGAAGCCGAAUGCUGCGUGCUUUCACAUGGACAGCGAUACGGAUGUGGAUGACGAAGACGACGCAGCAGCGGGCGAUGCAGCCGCAUCUUCUUUACAGCCCAAGGCGGGCGACGGAGUCCGUGACCGUGACAUGUCACCCGAUGCUAAAAUAGCUGACACGGUUACGCCAGUGCUGCCAGAUGACUUCCAGCUAGACAGUGACACAGAUGUGGACGAAGAGGCUGACAGCACCAGCAGGGAUGAGACGCCUUCCAAGCUGAAUUUGAUUAGGGACGUGUCAGAGUCUGAUGAAGACCAGACUACCAAUUUUACUACACAUCCGAAUGUCAGGGAUUCAACUACUGGAUCAAAUAACAGAAAUGCAGCAAGAGAGCUUCCUCAGUUUUCACCUGUUGCCACCGCACCCUCUUCAGUUCCUUGUGGUGUUGUCACAACAGCUGCUCAAUUGGACUAUGAGUCUUGUGUGCCCCCUACUGACCAGGACAGUGAUACUGAUGUGGAAGAGGAAAAAAAUCCAAUUGAAGGGGUGAAAAAAUCUGGUUUGGAGGCAUCACAUCUGCAGAAUUGCUCAACUCCGGUGCAGCUUUCAGGACAAAUGGAAGAGAUGGAGACCCAAGCCUUCCUUAGUCCCUCUCUGGAUCCAGGGAAAGGUGCUGUCAACAGUGCUGCGGGAUCUGCAGUAUUGUCUUCACACUUAGACAGCUCAGACGAGGAGGACAUUGUUGUCGCUGAGACACAAUACUUUGACAAUCAGACCCAAAUGCAGAUUGGGAGUGGCUUCAAUAACAGUCACGAAUCAUCUGGCAAGGACUUGGAAGAAUUGCCUGUCACAGGAGCGUCUUUCCAGCUGGGAUUGUCUGACAGCAGCCACUUGCAGAGUGAGGCUCAAGCUUUGGCAAGAGAGAAUACCCAGGCCUUUGCCAUGGUGGCUGAGGCUGAGACCCAAAUGUUUUCAAAUUUCUCAAGUGCAGAAACGGCAUCCCUUGGAAAUGGCUUAAACAUAGAGACGGUCCAGGCCUAUGUGUCGCCUACCAGGAGUCCAGGGAUUUCGGAGAGGGGUAGGCAGCUGAAUCUGGCUUUACAAGAAACCCAGGCCUAUGUUUCAGAUUGUGAUAGUGAAUCUGAAGAACCGUUUGAUUUGCCCCAAAAUCCUGCAAUUGACUACCCCACAGGAAACAGUCCUCUUACCCCUUUGCAACCAAACCAGAUAGCUAAAGCAACUGAUUUGAGUGAAGAAUAUGGAGAAGUUUCUGUCUCGGAGGACGGAAAACUACAACUUGAUGAAAAAAUGCAACCAGUUACGAAUUCUUUUGGUUUGGCUAAUCUUCAGCCGAUUAGUAUAGCUGCAACUCAGCCUAUGGCUAUAAGUGGAACUGAUGAAAGCAGUGAUGAGGACUUCAGUUCAGUCUUGCAUGAAGGAAAAGCACAACUUAACAAGGAGAUUCAACCCAAUUUGAUUUCUCGUGGUUUGGCUUCUAAUCUACAGCCUUUGAGUGUAGGUGCAACCCAGCCCAUGACUACAAGUGAAAAUAAGGCAACUGACAGCAAAAACUUGAUUCAAGUCUCAUGUGAAAGUAAAAUGCAGCGUCAUAAAGGAAAGCAAGCAAACCUUCCAAUGACUAUAGCUGCCACACAGCCUUUGCCAACAAGUGAAAAUGAGGAAAGCAAUGAUGAGGACUUGAUUAAGGCAACUGACAGCAAAAACUUGAUUCAAGUCUCAUGUGAAAGUAAAAUGCAGCGUCAUAAAGGAAAGCAAGCAACCUUUCCAAUGACUAUAGCUGCCACACAGCCUUUGCCAACAAGUGAAAAUGAGGAAAGCGAUGAUGAGGACUUGAUUAAAGACAUGGCACAACCCAAUAGAAGCCUUUUUGAUUUAGCUUCUAAUCAUCAUUCUAUAGCCGCAACCCAGGCCAUGGCUACCAGUGAAAAUGAGGAAACUGACAGUGAAGAUCCCAUUCAAGUGUUGGGUAAAGGGAAAGUUCAACUUGAUAAUGAGAUGCAACCCAGUACAAGUUCUGUCAUUUUGGCUGUUACAGCCCAUCCUCAUAGUAUAGCUGAGAGUCAGCCUAUGGCUACAAUCCAAAAUGAAAGUGAUGAAGAGGAUUCAGUUCCACUCUUGCGUAAUAGAAGAAAAGCAAGACAACUUGAGGAGACGCAGUCCCUAAGCAGUACUCUUGAAAUCCCAUCUGGCAGUUUGACUUGUGAAAGUCCUGCAAAGGACAGUGUUGAAAGCCAAGAGAACAAUAAUGAGCCCCCAACAGCAGAAACUCUAAUUCAACCAACCGAAGAGAAGACGUGGCCUAAACUUGACAACAUGGCUAACAAUGAUGAAAAUCAAUCUGGUCAUGGUCAAGAAGAACAACAGACUCAGACACUUGUGAAUUCCGAAGUCUCUUCUGCUGCAAUUCAAGUCAAGGACUCAUGUGAAGAUGCAGAGGAUGACAGCGAGAUUAUAAUCCGUAGCUCAAGGAAAAGAAAAGCCAGACCGCUGCAAAUUGAAGAGACGCAGUCGCUCAUAGGUUCUCAAAUGGAAGAGAGAGUAUGUGAGAUCACGAAUUCCGAGACGUCUGUAGUUGAACGUCGGUCACCAAGCACUGACCAGCCAAGUCCAAAGACCAUAAAACUUGGCUCUGAAAUCGGAACCAGUAUAAAUGAACGCUCUAGAAGAAAACCGUCACAACUAAGAGAAAAGGGAGAACCAUUGGAAAAAAGACAAACACGAGGCAAUAAAGCCAGAGGACAAACACGAAUGUCCAAGUCUGCUGGGAGUGAAAGUGAGGAGGAGGCCACCACGCAGCAGACCAUUCUUCUUGAGGUCCAAGAUGGGGAUCAGAGACAGGAAUGUGAAAUUGCAGAUAGUGCAAGAAAAGAAGAAACAGAACAAUCGGAAACGGUGGAGGAAGGAGAACGACUCGAGAGACCAGAAAUGAAAGCUAAACGACAAAAAACAGAUGGAUCAGAGGCAGAGCUUCAACAAAACAACGUGGCACAACACCAGGUACCGCAGAGAGGCCGAAGAGGAACAAGAAGAACUAUUGCUGUUCCACUCACAGCAGAUUCGGACGAUGUCCCAGCUAAGAGAACCAGAUCCCGCUCCAACUCUUCAAACUCUGUAAGUUCCGAGGUGUCCACUUCAAGCACCCAAGGGGGUCGGGGGCGCGGCCAACGGGCGAAAACUACAAACAGGUCUGACCCAUCGUCCAUCACCAGGAGGCGGACGGUGGCAGCCCAUCCUUCUGCUUUCACGGAACAAGCAGAGCAGGACAAUUCUCUCGAUUCUCCUCUGGGAUCACUUUCGAGAUCCACUUCCUCCAACUCUCUUGCUUCAGAGAUGUCCUGCGGCAGCUCUCAGAGGGGAAGAGGAGGCAAACAAAGAGGAAGAGGACGCAAAACAGAGCCUGGGCCCAGUUUGAUCCAGUCUACAUUAAUCCAAAACACUGCUCCUAAGGCGACGCCAAGUGGCAAAAGGGGUAGGAAGGCCGAGAUAUCCACUACCGAGCUUUCUGAUGAAGCCGUUACCAAACCAGAAUCAAAGCAAGUUGUUGCCACUAGAGGGAGGAGGCGAGCAAAUGUUGAACAACCAUCAAAUCUGGCAAACAACACAACAGGUGACUCUCCACCGCCUAAAAGAAAUAUCAGGGGUAGACUUCAGAGGACAGAAAAAAGUGAAGUCUUGGAAGUGCCUGUAGCUCCCAUGGGCAGCAAUAUAGUACAGGCCAAAGAUAAAAGGGAGGGAAGAAAGAGAAUGCUGGAGGUAGAAGUGAAAGAUGAAAAUCCAUCUGCGGUCCAAGAUAAGAGGAAAACUAGAGCAUCCCACGCUGAGGGGGGCAGGAAUGCUAAGGAAUCUCCUCACAACACAGCCAGCGAGGGUGGAAGUGUGACAUCGGUUGAUGAUUCUGGUGAAGGUGCACAGCCUCAGACCCCAAUCAGCAGCAAGAGGCGAACGCGAGAUACCAACCAUUCUUAUAAGGUGCUUUUCACAGGAGUGGUGGACCAAGCCGGGGAAAAAGUGGUGACACGCCUGGGAGGCGUUUUGGCUAAUGGCACUGCAGACAUGAACUGCCUGGUGACUGACAAGGUGCGCAGGACUGUCAAGUUCUUGUGCGCAGUGGCUAAAGGGAUCCCAAUUGUCAACACACAAUGGCUGGACAAGAGUGGUAAAGCUGGGACUUUCCUGCCUCCCGACGCCUUUAUUGUGAACGAUCCAGAGCAGGAGCAGAAGUUCAAUUUCUGCCUGCAGGAGACUCUGAGGCUUGCCAGCAGAGAGCCUCUCUUGCAGGGCUACAAGAUCCACAUCACAAAAUCGGUGAAGCCCGAGCCCGUCCACAUGAAAGACAUCAUUUCCUGCUGCGGAGCGACAUUUAUCCCCAAAAUGCCUUCUACACACAAGCCUUACACCUUGGUAGUAUCCUGCACGGAAGACUGGUCGCUAUGCCGCAGGGCCGUUUCGGCUUCACUCCCGAUCGUCACGGCCGAAUUCAUCCUUUCUGGUAUCCUGCAGCAUAAAGUGGACUUUGAUACACACAAGUUGUCUGGGCCUUUCGACCCUUGAAUUUUACAAAUCUGACACAAAUCUUUGACUUCUCACACCGUUUGUCCACUUUUUUACAUAAAUAUUCCAGUUUGUCCAGAUGGUGCGAAAGGGGCUAAUGACUCAGAUUGACAGGGCAUUGUUAUCUCCCGCCUCUUGCUUGUUGCUGUCAUCGGUACAUGGGACAUUGAGCGCAACCCGUAAUCGCCCGCCUUUGGUUGCCAUGUGCUUAGAGUAAGUACUUUUUAAACAAGCCUUAUUUAAACUGCGCCGGAUGGGAAUAAUGACCCGCUUAUUAUCCCCGUCACCUCCUCCCCCGUCAAGCCCGGCAGGAAUUAGUGAUGCUUAAAUGGCUUGUGAUGCUUCGCUAUAAUCGGACAUGGUGAAAUAAGGCAAAUAAUAUUUGCGUGGCAAAAUGUUUUUUAAAAAAUGCUUCUAGAAAUACAUCAAAAGGUUGGAAGGGUUUCUAAUAUCACAAGCGCACAUGUGCCUUUCCUUUUUAUGCACUGAGAUGAUAAUGAACAUAGCAGAGUGUCCUCUCGUCUCCAUUAACCACCGCCAAACGUUCCAUUAAGCCCUCAUCCUCUCCUAUUAGCUCCCCGGAGGAGACUGCAUCAGUCUUUAAGAGUCCGUUUUCAGUCGUCAUCAAUAUCUUAUGCGCUUUGCACGGACAUGACAACAACUCAUGAUUUUGUCGCACAUUGUACUGUUUUGCUUAGUUGUCCAACUAGAAUGCCAACAUGUGGAAAAAGUAGUAGAAAGUCUAACUAGAACGAAUCAUUCUGUGAAUGGUGAAAAUCUGUGAGUAGUUCAGACACACACAAUGAGGUUUGUAAACACCAGAGAUGGCUGCAAAACAGAAUUUUUAUUUUGGAUAUGACUUUGGGCAUGGAACAAAUCAGGAAAAUAAUGGUACUUUUUUCCCAAACAAAUUCUUACCUAUGCAAAGAUUCAAUGUAGUGCCUUCCAUUCCUGUGUGACAUUUUUCCCAUAAUAGAGUGACAGCGUUUGCUUGAUAGUAAUAAUACAAAUGAGGCAAAGCUGCAGACAAAUAUACAUCAGUACAAAGCAGUAGUGGAACAAACUACUAGUUGAACAGUUGUUCUACUAUUACACAGUUGGCAUACUAGUGAGGCUAAAGAUAGUACUAGUACGUACACAAAGAUAUGCAUGUAUGGCUUUGUUUUCUGUCUGUGGAGAAAAUCCUAUAGAUGGGAAAAAUACUUUAAGGAUACACCCAAUAAAAGAUGAUGCUCAUGGUUUGA